ACGAAUAUACUUUUACUCUUUACAACAUCGAUGGAUGUUCAGGCACAUACAAUUGAGGUUUCCAAGUUAAUGACACGACAGUUCCGAAACGUACAUAGAUUCGCCCCCGAUCCCGAUCUACAGUGUAGCUCGUUUCGGUACCGGCGAUGAGUGGACAUGACUGCGAUGCGUCUGAAUCAAAAAACGGAUAGACGUUCGUUGCCCACUCACCAGUACACCGUGCAGAAUGACGGGCGCAAACGACUUGGCUACUGUCGAAGGCAUACAGGCGUACAUCUCCGGAACACUUUUCGACAGCGUUGACGUCUUGCGUUUGAGCGGAGGUUACGGGAACUACACUUACAGGCUGAGCCUGCGCGCACCGUUCCACGGACAAGAAACUGUGAUCCUGAAGCAUGCAAAGCCAUACGUCGCAGCCAUGCAGAGCAUAGCAUUCUCGCUGCAACGGCAGGUCUACGAGGUCACCGCUCUGCGGCAGGUCCGCGACAUGCUCCCGGCGGACUCGCUCGUCACCGUGCCCGAAGUUCUGCGCUUCGACGAAUCCGCGAGUGUCAUCAUCAUGAGCGACUGCCAGCGCCGCGCUGGAAGCGUCAGCCUCCCUCUCAAGCAGGCCCUCAUAUCGAACGCACUCCCGCUGGCGGCCACCAUCCAGGUCGGCCACGCCCUCGGCGAAUUCCUCGCGCGCCUGCACGCGCACGGCAGGGACGAUCGUGCGUUCGCGGAAUUCUUCGCGAAGAACGAGGAAGGGAAGAAGCUGUCCGCGCUUGUCACGUACGGCAGGCUCGUGUCCACGCUCACUGGGAAUACCCUGCCCGCGCUGAUGGACCCACCGUUUGAGACGAACGAUGCGGAGCUCGAGAGGGUGGCGGCUGUGGCGGCGGAAAUGGAGCGCGAGAUGCUGGAGACGCGGGAGACGGUCGUCAUGGGCGACUUUUGGCCGGGGAACGUGCUCGUCUCGCUCACAGAUGGGGAGAAGCUGGACGGAGAUGGGAGGCCGGUGGGAGUGGGCGUCGAUGGAGUAUACGUGAUUGAUUGGGAGAUGGCGAAGACGGGGCUGGCAGGGCUGGACAUUGGGCAGUUCGUCGCGGAGCUGCAGCUCAUUUGCGACUUCAAGCCGGAGGGGAGGGAGGCUGCGUCGAACGUGAGGGACGCGUUUCUGCGCGCGUAUGGGAAGAGUGCGGGGACGGGUUUGGGCGUGGCGAGGAGAGCGCUGACACACAUUGGUGCGCACCUCGUGGCGUGGACGGUGAGGACCAGUUGGGAAGGGAAGGAGAAGAUGAGAGAGGUGGUAAGGAAGGGCGUGGACUUACUUGUGCGUGGGCACGAGGGGGCAGAGAGUUAUAUAAGGGACUCUGUAGUUGGGCCGCUUCUCAUGUGAACGAGCAGAGACUUACUGAAGUAGCCAGCCCAGUAGCGUCUGCCUGCGUUCACAUAUACGUCAGUCAAGAGGACCAUCAGUAGAUAAGUUCCAUCGAGAAGAUAGUAUAACAGUUACAGCAGAUGCAAUCAACGUUGGCCGAACAGGGCGUGCUCCAAUGCCCGACUGUAGUCAUUGGCUCCGUGUGUCCAUAGGUUGAACCAGAGUGGCGCUAGAACGAGGCCGCACGCGCAGCCUGCUAUGACUUGGGGUACGUUAUGAUGUCCGAGCCAUAUCCGGGAGACCACGAUGGUCACAGCCCAGGGUAUCGAGAUGAUGAUUGGGAGGACCCGGGUGAAUGGACUUGACGGCAGUGUGGGAUGUAUAGGCAGGUAUAAGCAGGCAAGCGCGAUAUAGGCGGCGAAGAACGUGAUGGUGGCAGAGUGCGUGCUGGGCAUUCUUGAUG